AUGGCCGCGCAGAGAGAUGUGCAGCUGUCCCUGAAGAAGCCCACUUACGCCGUGUGCGUGGUGGGGGUUGAGACGAUUGUGGAUGUUCACAGAGAUGUGCCCAAGGGUGCCAAUACCUUCGAGGUCUCGGGGAGCUCUGGGGUGGAGGUCUUCGUGCUUUACUACCCUGCACGGGUGGCAGAGCCCACAGGCAAGGCCCACUGGCCUCUGGACGCUAACAUGGACGUGGUCGUGUCUGUGAACACAGUCAGUCAGAAGCUAUAUGACCACAAGGUGAAGGUUUCCUACUUCGGACAGCAUGAGGAAGGUGCCCUGGGCCAUGGGGUACUCUAUAUCACAGGUGCUGACAUCUCCCUGGAUGUGGACGUGGGCCGCACCGGCAAGGUGAAGAAGAGCCGGGGUGACAAGAAAACCUGGCGCUGGGGCCCAGAGGGCUAUGGGGCUAUCCUGCUGGUGAACUGUGACCGGGACACCUGGAGGUUCAAGGGGCCCGACUAUGCCAGCAGCCAGCUGGUAUCCCUGGCUGACCUGCAGGACAUGUCCCCCAUGGUGCUGAGCUGCGACGGCCCGGACAAGCUCUUUGACAGUCACAAGCUGGUCUUGAACAUGUCCUUGUCAGAUUCCAAAAGAGUGGGGGUCUUCUGCGCUCGGGGUGAGGGCUCCCUGUCAGACUACAGGAUGGUGCUGGGCCGCCGCCACCUGUCCUACGAGGUGGAGCGGCAGCCGGGCGAGCGGGAGAUCAGCUUCUACGUGGAGGGGCUCGACUUCCCGGACGCCAACUUCUCGGGGCUGGUCUCCCUCAGUGUCAGCCUGCUGGACACCAGGUCCCUGUCCAAGGUCCCCCUCUUCACCGACAUCGUGACCUUCCGCCUAGCGCCCUGGAUCAUGACCCCCAACACCCAGCCCCCGCUGGAGCUGUAUGUGUGCAGUGUGAUGGAUGAUCAUGGCAGCAAUGAGAAUUUUCUGGAGGACAUGGCUGACCUGGCGUUGAAAGCCAACUGCAAGCUCAUCAUCUGCCCUCAGAUUGAAAACCGGAAUGACCGCUGGAUCCAGGAUGAGAUGGAGUUCGGCUACAUCGAGGCCCCCCACAAAUCUUUCCCUGUGGUCUUCGACUCCCCCCGGAACCGAGGCCUGAAGGACUUCCCCUACAAGAAGAUCCUGGGCCCUGACUUUGGCUACGUAACUCGGGAGACCCCGUACAGGGGCGCCUCCAGCCUGGACUCCUUCGGCAACCUGGACGUCAGCCCGCCCGUCACGGUGGGCGGCAGGGAGUACCCCCUGGGCCGGAUCCUCAUCGGGAGCAGCUUGCCCAAGUCUGUCGGGCGGCGGAUGACCAAGGCGGUGCGGGACUUCCUGCAGGCCCAGCAGGUGCAGGCACCUGUGGAGCUCUUCUCCGACUGGCUCUCUGUGGGCCACGUGGACGAGUUCCUGAGCUUCGUGCCCACCUCCGACCAAAAGGGCUUCCGGCUGCUCCUGGCCAGCCCCAGUGCCUGCCUCAAACUCUUCCAGGACAAAAGAGAAGAGGGCUAUGGGGAGGCGGCCCAGUUCGAAGGUCUGCAAUACAGGAGGAAGAGAAAAAGCAUUAAUGAGAUAUUGGCAGACAGAAAGAUCCGGAGUGACAGUCUCUAUGUACAGAAAUGCAUUGACUGGAACCGUGAGGUGCUGAAGCGGGAGCUGGGCCUGACGGAGCGUGACAUCAUCGACAUCCCCCAGCUCUUCCAAAUGAACGGCUCCUAUGCGGUAGCCUUCUUCCCGGACAUGGUGAACAUGGUGGUCUUAGGCAAGUACCUGGGCAUCCCGAAGCCCUUCGGGCCCCUCAUCAAUGGCCGCUGCUGCCUGGAGGAGAAGGUGCGGUCCCUGCUGGAGCCUCUGGGCCUGCACUGCAUCUUCAUCGAUGACUACCUGUCCUACCAUGAGCUGCUCGGGGAGGUGCACUGCGGCACCAACGUGCGCCGGAAACCCUUUCCCUUCAAGUGGUGGAACAUGCUGCCCUGA